AUGUCGGAAUCCACUCCCGAACUCAUUGACUACUUGGAGGGCAAGAUUUCAUUCGAGGAGUUUGAAAGACAAAGAGAAGAAAGAAAAGCAAAGGAAAAGGAGUCUGGCAAAACCGGCUCAGACGAGGAUGAAGCGGCGGAGCAAGACGAUGCUGUACCAAGCACCUCGGGUGUCAGUCCGAGGACAACCCACAGACGCCAGACAGGUCUUUGUGAAGAAGGAGUGAGCCCCUCUUUGCAGAAGGCAUUUGCCUCUAUGCUUGGGGAGGCCCUGGAGGAUUACAUGGAUGAAGAUGAUGACAAGGAUGAAGAUCAGUGGAGAGAAUAUGGAGAGGAAGAUGAUGAUGAGGAGGAGGAGGAGGAGGAGGAAGGAGGAAAUGAGGGUGUGUCGGCCGGGGACGUAUUCGCACUGGAGAUGGAACUGAACCGAGAAAACAAAAAGAUGAUGAGGGAGAGACGGCCACGCAGCAAGCUACCCCGUGCUCUCAGGGGACUGAUGGGAGAGGCCAACAUCCGCUACGCUCGUGGAGACAAAGAGGAGGCCAUCCUAAUGUGUAUGGAGAUCAUCAGACAGGCUCCACUGGCGUACGAGCCUUUCUCCACCCUGGCAAUGAUCUAUGAGGACCAGGGAGACAUGGAGAAGGCGCUCCAGUUCGGCCUGAUCGCUGCCCACCUCAACCCCAGUGACUGUGAGGAGUGGGUCAAACUGGCCGACAUGUCUCUGGAACAGGACAACAUCAAACAAGCCAUCCUCUGUUACAGCAAAGCCAUUAAGUAUGAACCCACUAAUGUGCGUUACCUGUGGGAGAGGUCCAGUCUUUAUGAGCAGGUGGGGGAACAUAAACAGGCCAUGGAUGGUUACCGGCGCAUUCUCAGCCUGCUCCCCCCACACGACGGACAACAGUUCAUGCAGCUCUCCAGAGACAUGGCCAAGAGUUACUAUGAGAGCAGUGAGCUGUCCUCUGCAAUAGGGGUCAUGGAGGAGGCCCUGAACCGCCACCCAGAGCUGGUGACACACGAGUGUGUUAACAUGGCAGCCGAACUGUACAUCGCUAACCACCAACACGGCAAGGCCCUGGAGGCUCUGGUGAAGUUUUGUGACAUCACACUGAAGAGAAAGGAGUCUAAAGUGGAAACAAAGGAGGAGUCUGCUGAGAAAACAGGUGACGGAGAGGAAAAGAAAGACAAAAAGAAUGAAGAGACAGAAGAACAAAAGGGGGAGAUUGUGGAGGUGGGGGUGCCUGAUGGAGUACCAGUGGAUAUUCGUGUGAAGCUGAUGGUCUGUCUGAUCCACCAGCACAUCUACAAACCCCUUGAUCCCAUGUUGACAGCACUAAUGGAGCAGAGCCCAGAGGAGUUGGGGGACCUGUAUCUGGAUGUGGCUGAGGCGUUUUUGGAUGAGGGAGAGUAUAACUCAGCACUGCCUCUACUCUCUGCUCUCGUCUGCUCCGAGAGAUACAACCUAGCCGUGGUGUGGCUCCGCCACGCGGAGUGUCUGAAGGCUCUGGGACAUUUAGAAGUGGCAGUGACCAGCUACAGUAAGGUGGUGGAGAUGGCUCCUCUCCAUCUGGACGCUCGCCUGGCCCUGUCCACCCUGCAGCAGCAGCUGGGGCGGCCUGAGAAGGCCCUGGAGGCUCUGGAGCCCAUGCAUGACGCUGAUACACUCACACAGGACUCUGCCGCCGCCCAGCAGGAACUGAAGCUGCUGUUACAUCGUUCGACUCUCCUGCGUGCCCAGGGGCGGCUGGACGACUACCUGGACAGUCUCUUAACUAUGCUCUCCAUGCUUCUCAAGGUGGCCAUGAACAGAGCACAGGUGUGUCUGAUCUCUAACUCAUCUACCAAGCACCUGAGUCUCCUCAAAGUGUCCCGGGAACAGCUGUCUGACAUCGCUGACCAGGAGGCUGCUUACCUGGACGUCACAGGUAAGACAAGUGUGCUGACUCGUGAGGACUGGUGGCAGAUCUUGUUGUGCUGUAUCCGUGUUCUGUGUGAGAUGAGUCGGUAUGGUGAGGCAGAGCUGCUGGUCGACUCCUCUCUGGAAUUCUACUCUUUCUAUGACGACCGGGUCAAGAGGAAAGAGCUGGAGUACUUUGGGCUGUCCGCCGCCUUCCUUGAUAAGAAUUUCCGUAAAGCCUACGACUACAUCAGGUUGAUGCUGAUGGACAACGUGGAGUGUAACCAGCUGUGGAACGUGUUUAAUCAGGUGACGUUACACUCUCAGGACGUACGACAUCAUCGCUUCUGCCUGCGUCUCAUGCUCAAGAACCCUGAGAACCACGCCCUCGGUCUCCUCAACGGACACGCCUCCCUGGUGUCGGGAAGCUUCAAACACGCCUUGGGUCAGUACAUUCAGGCAUUCAGGACUCAUCCUAAUGAUCCUCUCCAUAGUCUGUGUGUGGGUCUCACCUUCUUCCACAUGGCCUCACAGAAGUUUGUUGUCAAACGCCACCCACUGGUGCUGCAGGGUUUCUCCUUCCUGUGGAGGUAUGUGGAACUGAGGGGAGAGUGCCAGGAGAGUAUGUAUAAUUUGGGCAGAGCUCUACAGCAGCUGGGCCUGAGUCAUUUAGCCAUUCACUACUACAAGAAAGCCCUGGACUUCUCCCCUCCGUCACUGGAGGGGAUUGAUGGAGACCAGGUAGACCUGCGCAGAGAGAUCGCCUACAACCUGGCCCUCAUCUACCAGUCCAGUGGAAACAAAGAGAUGGCACGCAGUCUCAUCUAUACUUACUGCACCGUCUGACUGUGU